GUUGCCAUUAUUAUUGGGCAAAAAUACAAAAAAACUAUUGCAUGUUGGGGUCAGAAACAAAUACUGUUACAUCUGUAGUAGAGCAGAGUCUAUUGGGUGUGUUGCAAAAGACCAUAAGUGUUUCAAAAACUGGACAGAGUCAAGUCAAGCUAUGGAAGCAGAAAUUAUAGUUGAGUGGUUUAAAAGGGCAGACUUGUUUGGUGUACGUUACACAACAGUGAUUGGUGAUGGGGAUUCUUCAGUUUAUGCAAAAAUUCGGGAAGAAGUUCCAAUAUGGGGGAGAUAUGUCUCAAAAAUAGAGUGUGCCAACCAUGUUUGCAAGUGUUUGAGAGGCAAUCUUGAAAAAUUAGUACAAGAAUUUCCCUCUCUGAAAGGCAAGGGCAAUUUAACUCAAGCUGUCCGCAUUCGAAUUGUUAGCGCUGUAAGGUGUGCAAUUCGUAUGCGGUCAGAAAUGGCUGAUAAGCAAGGGGCGGCAAAACAGCUUUCUUGUGAUAUAAAGAAUAGCAUUUACCACAUAUUUGGGGAGCAUGACAAUUGCAGUUUAGAUUUUUGCAAAGCAAAACAUUGUUUAAUUGAAGAAAAAAUUUUAGAGGACCAACAAUUAAAUAUAGAAAAUCAUGACUCGGGAUGUGAUGACUUUAUCUCACAACAGUCCAAGUACUGGAGUGAAGGCAUGUCAAUGAAUGAACAAGAGGAUGCAAGGGAGAGUUUCUACUCUAAGUCAGGGACAAUUUCAGAGAUCAUAAAAAAAGUUAUUCCUUUGCUUAACAGAGUUGCAGACAAGAGUAACAGGUUGAUUGGAAACUUCACUUCCAACCUCUGUGAAUCUUGGAUGCACAUACGUACCAAAUUUGAUGGAGGAAAAGUGGUCAACCAUUGCAACAGGUUCUCCUGGAACACCAGAUGUUAUGCUGGUGGACUGCGCAGUAAUCUUGGGCCGAAAUGGGUGCCAAUUGUCUGGGAAACAUGCACUAACUCAAAGCCAGGAACCAUUUGUUUGCAACAUUAUGAGCGCAAGGAAAGACAGUUAGUUGAUAACAACAGGAUUAAGUCCACAUCAGAUUCGAAGAAAACUUCUACUUUAAAGUCCUUCUCCCUGAGCUUGCAGUUCCAAGGAAUGGACAAUGUCCAGGAAUAAGAGAACCAGGAUUAUGGUUUGACAAGAAAAUAAAGGUGAAAGAGCCAAGAAUGCCUAAACAGUCAGUAGAAUGUCAUCCAACAACUAGCCAAUGUAAGCCAACCACACAACACAAUCCUGUCAAUUCAGAACUGAGUGCAUUAAGAGUUCGUCGUAAAACAUCUGUGAAAUUUCUUGGACGAACAAUAAAACACAAAAGGACAAUCGAUGGAAAACAAAAAUGGUAUCAUGGAACAGUAAUUAACAUUUUACAUGGCAGAGAUGGUAUAGAUGCUGUUUAUGAAAUUCUUUAUGUAGAUUCAGAUGAAUUAACAAUAAUUAACCACCUUAUAGAAGACUUUAACAACAAAGAAGUGAAAUUUGUUGAUGUUUAAGGUAUUAGUGAUGUGUUUAAAUGUUUGAUUUUGCAAUGUUUUAUCAUUAUAAUGACAAAUGUAUAGGAUAACAUAUUCAUUAUUGCCGAUGUCCUAAGUAGGUGUUUUACCUAUUUUGUUUAUUCUGCAUUGUACUUAAACAGGAACUUCCACAUGGCUUAAUGGUGUAGCGCCCCCCUCUGGAAUGGGUGGUAUCAGGUUUCAUUUCGACCGGUUCAUACGUAAGACCCUUAAGCAACGAAGGAAUAGUUUUGAUAUUUAGAUAGCAUUACAAUUUGAUGGAAUACUCCUGUUAUAAGAUGGUAGUACUUGAUGUGAUCCAUGGAAUUUGGGUAUGCUUAAUGUUGCCAUGCUAUUACUCCAAACAUGCUACAAUGUAUCAAAAGAAAUAAAUUAAAAUACUAACGGUGCAAAA